UGAGUGAGUUCUACUUCCACUACCCCUCCCCCAUCACUUCUCCUCCUCCAAGUAGGUAGUUAGGAAAUGGCAGCUAGGGACAGAAUGGGGGCUUUUCCCUAGCCGGAUUGGAAGUAAUCCUGUGAGUUUUUUUUUAAACCCCCAGAAUCUAGGUCCAUUAAAGCCGAGAGUGAGGGCGGAAGAACCCCAACCAGCUCUUCCGAAGGAUCUGGGGCGGUGAAACCUCCCUGCCCCUGGGGUGCAGACCGAUCCACCCCAUAGCUGCCGAGCUACUUGGACCAGGCCAAAAGCUAAUUGACUUAUCCAAGCAUCUCCCCGGGCUUAAAAGUAGGUGGCUCCGAGGUUCCAACCUCCUCCCACUUCCAGCCUGGGUAGCUCUGGAGGCCGAGGGAGCCACUCCGGAGGGCUGCAGGAUUAGAAGACCUGGACACCCCACUUCCGGCGGAUACAGUUGAAAUGCCUGAAGGCAGGAUUUUGGAGGCCUGAAGUACUGGGGUCAGAACCAGAGGACCCUCUCCUUCUCAGGCAGACAGAGCAGAACAUGCCAUGUCUACCCUUUCUCCAGGUGGCCAAAGAUGGCAGAGGACGCCCCAAGCUUGAAGGGAGCUUUUGACAUCUUACACCAAGCUGGGCAGGACAAACUCCUUUACCUCAAACAUAAGUUGAAGGCCCCUAGGCCAGGCUCCAAAGCCAGCAGCUUCCUACACACCAUGGUCCUCCUGACUCUGGGGCAGGAGACAGAGGCUAGGAUCAUCUUGGACUCACUGAGAGGAGAUAAGGUGGCACUCUCUGUGGCUAGAACUUGGGAGGGGACAGGGCCUCUCCUGAACCAGGAAGACCUUUUGUCAUGUGAAGAGCAGGCAGACAUCCGAUUGGCUGUUGCCCGCAUUUACCAGUUACUAGUAGAAGAAAAGCUAUGUGAGGCUUCAUCCCGGAACCAAGCCUACCAAGCCGCCAUUCAGGCCCUCAGCCUGUGUCAUGAUGCUCGGUUGGACAGCAUCCUGGCUGAGGCCCAGUCCCAGUGUGGCCAGGAUAUCCAUGGGGCUGAGAGUUUCCAGAUGCUCAGGUCAGAUGUGAGCUGCCUUCCAGUGUCCUCAGCCCCAGCCUGUAGGGUCAGUAGUCACCCCUGGCCCAUCAAGGCCAGGUCAGAUUUUCUGGCAACUGAGUCACUUCCCUUAUCCUUACGUUCUACCGGUAGUCCCGCCUCUUUUGCCAGCAACCUGCAGAUCAGUCAGUCUCCCACUUUGCCUUUCCUCACCCACCAGCCUCAGAAAAGGAGCCCCAGAGGCCCCAGUAAAUUGUGUGAGGACCCUCCAACCAAUUCCACACAGGAUCCUGAACCACAGGCCAGGCAGGAACCAGAGGAGAUGAGCUGGCCUUGUUCAGACCCAGCCGCCUCACUCCCUGUACAGCUAAACAGCUCGGCCUCAGUGGUUUCUGAUUCUCGGGUUCCCAGCUCCUCCACCCCCCCAUCUCCUACAACCCCAGUGGCCCCUGAGACCAGCACACAUUCUCCUGUGGAAUGUUUUAAAGCACUUUCUGACCCCACAUCUCUACAGCCAGCCUCAGUGAAGCCUGCAGAAACUCUUGUCUCCAAAGACAGUUUUAGGGUGCUUCCAGAAUUGCCUCCCAUGUCAGUCCCUCCUGCUGGAGAAGGGAAGGCCACCCCACUCCCUGUGCAAGAGAGUGAUUUUCCAAAGAAGACCACAAGUCCAAGACCUCCCAUCUCUACCCAGGAUCCUUCUCCAUCUCCGUGGUCUUCACUGCCCUCAGGACCCGAGCUGGACACAGGACAGCGUUUCUUCAGCUUUGUGAUCCUCCACGCCCAGGAGGAUGAAGAUAUUGCCCUUCGAGUCCGGGAUACCCUAGAGAGCCUGGGCGUACCAGAUGGCACCACAUUCUGUGAGGAAUUUCAGGUCCCUGGCCGUUUCGAGCUACGGUGCUUGCAAGACGCCAUUGACAACUCCGCCUUUACGGUGCUACUGCUCACAAAACACUUUGAUUGCCGCAUGAGCCUCCACCAGGUGCAUGUGGCGCUAAUGAACUCCCUCACGAGGAGUGAGAAGGAGAACUCCGUCAUCCCCUUCUUUCCCCGGGAGAGCACACUGAAAUCUGCCAAGGUCUCCCCACUGCUGAAAGGCCUGGUAAGCCUGGAUGAGAGUUCUCCUGUCUUCUCCAAGAAAGUCAGUAGCACCUUCAACCCUCGGAGGCUACAAGCCCAGAGGGAAGUGUGGAAGAAACAACAGGAAAUCCGGGCCAUCCAGGAGCAGACUCAGCAGAUGGCAGAGGACAGGGAGAGGGUCUCCCAGAAGGAGAGUGCCCUCUCCGACUUAGCAUAUCACUAUAGCCUUCUGCAACAGCAGUUACAGAAUCUCACCUUGGCUUUCCCAAAUCAAGCAUCCUUUGCUCAAGGCUACAGGAUGCCAAUGCCACAUCCUUGGGCAUGUAGUUUCCCCCCUCAGUUCACCACUGCUCCUUCAGCUUUCCAGCCCAAUCAUUUGAUCCCACCUAUGUCUUUUCCCCCUGGCCCCAUUUCAAACCCCCAGCUGGACCCUCAGGGUGCCGGGGCCCAGCCUCUUAUCAUCCAUAAUGCUCAUAUGGUACAAUUGGGUCUCAAUAACUACAUGUGGGGCCGGAGGGAAGGGCAGGGCCCCAAUGAAGAGGAGAGAACUGAGGGAGAGUGAGAAGACCCAGGUAAGGUCCAGAGCCCUUGCUCCACUGUUCAGCAGGACCCUGCUGCCACCGCUGGUCUGAGGAACCAGGAGAACAAGCAUGGGCCAGUGCUAGAGAAAUGUCCACAGCUAGGAUCACAAAUUUAGAACUGAAAGGCAUCUGAGAAGCCCUUCAGUCCAACACCCUCAUUUUACAGAUUAGAAAACUGAAGUCCAGAAAAGAUGGGUGACUUCCCUGACGUCACACAACUAGUAAUGGCUAGAAUUGAGAAUUUCAUCAUCUCAAGGAUGGCAUGUAGGGCUAAGAGUGGAAGAAAGCAUCGCCAUCAUCCCUGUUCGUUGCCUGGUCUCCCUCAAGGGACAUGGAGCAUUAAAGAAAGCCACAGAAUUGUGCAAGUA